UUACAAAAUUAGAAUUAGCCAAAUAAGAAAACCCUACAUUUCGAUAAAUUUUCCAAAACCGUGGAGUCGGAUCGAUACGUGGUGGAGCCGAAGAGACUCAGUCAAGCGUUCGACCAGACGCCUUGAGGUUGGGUGCGACAAAAGCCAAUGAAAACCACACUCGACUUAAUCAUAUUAUGAAGGUUAAUGAGCCAUCGUGUUGAGACGAGAGAUAGGGAGAUUUGCACUAGCCACAAGUUAACAUAUACACCUGUCUAAUGAUCGGGCACUAGGGUCACUGACUGAGCCUUCUUCAGGACAACACCUGUUCUCGGUAAACCACUCCGUUGGCUGAUAUUUUAACGUUGACCGAACUCUACUUGUCUACCUCUGUGUUGAGCCUAUGUCGACUUGUUACAAACCACGCCAGUUUUCCUGAAUCACCAUCCCCGCCUUCGACCGACAACUUUAAUGGACUUGAGCGUUCCGAAGCGUUCCAUAUCGCCACCUGCGGUGCCACCACCACAUCCAUUGGCACCGUCUCUCCGAACCAGCAUCGCUCUUCCAUUUCUCUCUUCUGCCGGCACGUCUACCUUGACUUCAGUCUCCGUGCCCGGCAUGGUACACUUCCCUCACGUUCCGGCUCUAACAGCGGUUUCUCCCCAAAGACCUGCGAAUAUCUCCCCGACCGCAGCUUACGGUUCUUGUGAACCAGCACCACCGGCUUUCUCCUGUAACGUCACGGCAUCGCCAUUAAUGUCAGGUAGCCUAAAUCCAAUGUACCUCAAUUCUCGACUUAGUGAGACACUAACGCCACCUAGGGCUUUGCCCACCGAGUUUUCUCCUUAUGGACUUCGACCUUAUGAUUUCGCCCGCCAUCUUCUGACGUCUCAAACUACUGUCAGUAAGAUUUUAGGACGAUACUACGAAACAGGGUCUCUUCGUCCAGGUGUCAUAGGAGGAAGUAAACCGAAAGUAGCGACCCCUACCGUAGUGGCUAAAAUCGAACAAUACAAGCGAGAGAAUCCCACGAUUUUUGCAUGGGAAAUCAGAGAACGUCUUAUAUCCGAAAGAGUUUGCACCAAUAACACUGCACCAAGUGUGAGUUCCAUUAACCGAAUCUUACGAAACCGAGCAGCAGAACGGGCAGCAGCAGAGUUCGCUCGAGCCGCUGGCUACAGUAUGUACCACCCGUAUGCCGCAGCUUUUCCCUGGGGCCCGGCAGCUCCUCCUCAUAUGUGGUCAUCUUUUGCCGGAACACACCUCCCUCCUGGAACAACCACAGAUCCGGCAGCAUUAGCUACUAUAUCUUCUUUGCGGGAACAAAGAACUGCAGGCCUAACUGACAAAGACAGUGAAGAUGGACUGAGUACUGACACAAAUGACAGACCAAAAUUUCGGCGGAACCGCACAACGUUCAGCCCUGAGCAGUUAGAAGUACUAGAAGAAGAAUUCGAAAAAACACAUUAUCCAUGUGUAAAUACGCGUGAGCAUCUUGCCGCUAAAACUAAUUUGUCAGAAGCAAGGGUACAGGUGUGGUUUUCCAACAGACGAGCCAAGUGGCGUCGUCAUCAGCGAAUGAACAUUAUCAAGCCUAUGGACAGCAUAGAAGUCUCGUCCCCAGGCCCCUCCAGCCCACUUUCAACUUCUCCCGAGCCAACAACGCCCUCUAGUCAACUUCAGCCACAGGCUCCGAAACCUAGCGACAACGUUCCUCGAAUGGGAGGUUUCAACUCAGCUUUCUCACCAGCUAGACCUUCUUCCUCCUCCUCUACGACCAGUCCUCAAUCCCCUGUUUCAGACUGACCAAGAAUACAUUCAACAUCAAAACUCUUCGGGAUUCCUAGUUAGAUGAAAGGUUUGUAAACAAGUGUGUUUUCUUUACGUACUUUGUCUCAGCCUGACACAAACAGUGUUUCGGUGAUUGUUAACUUUUAAUUGUCAUUCCGUCCUUUGAAAGGAAAUGUGGACUUUGAGCUGAUGUUGAAAAAUAACAAUAAAUUCAAACAUCUUUUUGUUGUGUGAAUGUCUGACAAUGAAAGUAAUAUCAAUAAUAUACUUUUUACAAUAAUUACUAUGACGUUUUAAGGAACGUUUCUUUAAAGAGUUGUGUUUAAAAAGUGAAAAUUCUGCAAUU